AUGUCUACAAAAGUACCACCAAAGCAUCGUAAUGCUUUGAAGGUACUUAUGUUUCCGUGGUUAGCUUAUGGACACAUCUCUCCAUUCCUCGACUUAGCAAUGAAACUCGCGGACAGAGGAUUCUCUGUCCGCGUUUGUUCUACUAUUAUAAGUUGCGAUACUAUAAAUAAACAAAUCCCUGAAAAAUACUCUGCUUCAAUUAAGAUGGUUGAGCUUUGUUUACCAAAACUAUUUAAACCUAUUACGAAUGAAAUCCCAGUCGAUCUAGAUCACAUUGUUCUAGAAACACUCAAACUGUCCAAAUCCAACUUUGCGAAAAUCUUGCAAAAACUGAAACCUGAUUUGGUUAUUUACGACUUAUUAUUACAAUGGGCUGAAGGCGUAGCGAAGAAACAGGGGAUUCUAGCAAUGAAAUUCGUAGUUAUGGGUGCAGCGGUGUUUUCAUACUUUUAUACUACGAUUAGAAAACCCGAGGUUGAAUUCCCUUUUCACGAUAUUUAUCCUGGACAAAAUGAGCUAAUGAAACUGAAUGAAUUGAUCGCGGAAUCUUCUAGAAUUGAAAAGUAUGAAGACGCUUUUGCUGAAGGAAAUAUACAAGUUAUGUUGAUGAGUACCUCUAGAACUAUAGAGGGUAAAUAUAUUGAUUAUUUCACUAAAUUGAGCAAUUGGAAAGUCAUUCCUGUUGGUUUACCAAUCAAAAAUCGCGUAACUAAUGACGUGGAGGUUAUUGAUUGGCUAGGAACGAAAGACGAGGGUUCAACUAUUCUUGUGUCAUUUGGGAAUGAGUAUAUCUUGUCAAAAGAAGAAGCGGAGGAGUUAGCUUUCGGGUUGGAGUUAAGUAAUGUUAAUUUCGUAUGGGUUGUGAGAUUUCCAGAAAGGGAAACGCGAAAUCUUGAAGAUGUAUUGCCGAAAGGAUUUUUUGAAAGAAUUGGAGAAAGGGGAAGUGUUUUGGACAAAUGUGUGUUACGAUCAAGAAUUUUGAAUCAUUCGAGUAUUGGUGGAUUCGUAAGUCCUUGUGGUUGGCAUAAUGUGAUUGAAUGUUUAGAUUUUGGGGUUCCUAUAAUAGCAAUGCCUAUACAUCUUGAUCAACCAAUGAAUGCUAAGUUGAUGGUAGAAUCGGGAGUCGCGGUGGAGAUUGUUAGAGAUGAUGAUGGGAAAAUUCACAGAGAAGAAAUCGCGGAAACUCUUAAAGGUGUAGUAACAAGGGGGAAUUUGAGAGCAAAAGUUAGAGAUGUUAGCAAAAAUUUGAAAACUAUAGGAAAUGAAGAGAUGGAUACAGCUGCUAAAGAGUUGAUUCAACUUUGUAAGAAGUAAUAAUAAGAUGAGAUUGAUCUUAUUACUAUCCAUUGGUUUAUUUAUCUAUUUGAAUUCAAACUCUUAAUUUAUCUAUUUAUAUAAUCACUUAUUAUGUAUUCAAACACAUAUCGGACAUUGAUGACUAAAUUUGGAUUCGCGUCGGGAAGUCAUACAUUGGAGGUAAACGACUCUCUAACAAAGGCGACUCUGUAUCCAAGGUGACACAAACAUGAGAUCUUGAUCUUGAUUAAGGACAAAGGAGUACUUACCACUCCAUCACAAUCCUAAUCUGUAUCGACGUUGAGUUUACUUACACACACUUGUUAUCGAUUGAGAAAAAAAUAUUUUGCCAACUCUGCAUUGAGAAACUAACAUAUAUAAAAAAAUUGUUUACCUAAGAACAAAUUAAAUAGACGAUAAAUAUUGCAUAUGUAUAUUAU